AUGAAUAGGGCAGGUGGAAUGGCUUUGUUCUGGACUAAGGAAACACAAAUUGUUGAGGUAAACACUACAGCUUUCACUAUAGAAGCCAAAUUGGAAGAUAAUGGCUCUCAGGCUACUUGGUGGUUUAUUGGAGUUUAUGCUAGUUGUGACCAGAGAAUUAGGAAGGAACAAUGGAGAGUGUUAACUGAUAGGAGCAGAUUGUGGGUAUCCAGAUUCUUAAUCACAGGUGACUUUAAUGAUAUUUUGUCCAAUGAUGAAAAGUGGGGGGGGGGAGCGUAUAGGGAGGAGAGGAGUUUUAGGGACUUUAGAGAUUUCAUAGACUGUAAUAGAUUAGUGGAUAUAGGGUUUGAUGGUCACCCUUGGACGUGGAGUAACCACUGGGAUAACGAAGGUGAAGUCCGACAAAGGCUUGAUAGAUGUCUUGGAAGUGUGGAGUGGUUUCAAGAGUUUGAGAGGGCAAAGUGUCAACACAUUGAUACCCUUGCGUCCGAUCACUCUAUACUUUUACUAGAUACUAAUCCAGGGAUGGGAAGGAAGAAGAAGAGGUUCUAUUUUGAUAAGAGAUGGCUCCACAAAGAGGGGAUUCAGAAAGUGGUGGAGCAGGCUUGGAACAAGGAGGAACAUGGAAUCGAGCUUUUGAAGUGGAGAAAUGAAGUCCAGUCUAACUCUAGGAGCAAAAUAAAUGAUCUUAAGCAAGAACUGGACAGAGUUAGGAACUCAGGUUUAGAUAAAAGAAACGGGGAGUUAAAGGAAAUUAAGAAGCAGCUGGCCGAAGCUUAUAAGGAGGAAGAAAUUUUUUGGAGUCAAAAGGCUAGAAUCAGUUGGCUGCGGGAAGGGGAUAAAAAUACUAAGUAUUUUCACUCUUACGUCAAGGGGAGGAGAGUGAGUAAUAAUUUGAGCAAAAUACAAAGAGAGGAUGGGUCUUGGACUAAUAAUGAGGAUGAAGUAGUGACUGAAAUUGCUGACUAUUUUAAGAAGCUGUUCACGAGUGGAGGGAGAGAUGAAAUGACAGAAAUUUUAUCUGGUAUUCCACACUCAAUCACUCAGGAGAUGAAUGCUAAUCUGAUCAAGGAAGUCCUUGAGGACGAAAUCCAUGAGGCACUGUUCUCUAUGAAUCCAGAAAAAGCACCAGGUCAUGAUGGAAUGACUCCAAUGUUUUUUCAGAAAUUCUGGAGCUCUAUUAAGAAUGAUAUCAUCCCAGCAAUCCAUAGCUGCCUGAAGACAGUGAGUUACUCAUUCAAUUGUAACGGGGAGGUCAAAGGUUUUGUGUCCCCAGAGAGGGGAAUCAGGCAGGGGGACCCUUUGUCCCCUUACCUGUUUUUAAUCUGUUCAGAAGGCUUUUCUAAUCUGUUGAGAAGAGCUGAGGAGAGCAAAAGAAUUGAAGGUCUAAAGAUCAACAGGCAAGGUCCAGUUCUUACUCACCUUUUUUUUGCUGAUGAUUCUAUCAUCUUUUGUAAAGCGAAUAAGGGAGUGGCAGGAGAGAUUAUGAAAGUCUUGAAAGCAUAUGAAAACUCCUCAGGGCAGUUGGUCAAUUUGGACAAAUCUGCAAUGUUCUUUAGCAAAAACAUGGUCAGCGAGAAGAAGGGAGAAAUCUGUCAAGCUCUUGGAGGAAUGAUAGAGGCAACACAAGGCAAAUAUCUGGGGCUCCCAAUGGUUGUCUCAAGAACUAAAGAACAGAUUUUUGGCUUCGUAAGGGACAAUAUAAGGAAAAGGUUCCAGAACUGGAAAAACAGAUUUUUGAGUCCAGCAGGUAAAGAAGUAUUGUUGAAGGCAGUCGCAAUGGCUAUGCCUACGUACGUUAUGUCAUGCUUUAAGCUACCAAGAAGAUUGUGUAAAGAUGUCUGUUCACUGAUGGCCAAAUUGUGGUGGGGAGAAUCUAAUGGCAAGAACAAAAUACACUGGAUUUCUUGGGAAAGAAUGGCUUUGGAAAAAAAGGCAGGAGGCCUAGGAUUCAAGGAUCUUGAAGCUUUCAAUCAACCCCUGCUAGGAAAGCAAGUAUGGAGAUUAAUUACUAGACCAAAUCUGUUGGUGACCAAAGUGUUAAAAGCUAAAUAUUUUUCAAAGGAAUUCAUCUUACAUUGCAGUCCCACCAAAAAUGCAUCCUGGAUUUGGCAAGGCUUAAUGGGAGCAAGAAGCCUACUCAAUGAAGGACUGAUUAGGAGGAUAGGGAAUGGGCGUAGUACAAGCAUCUGGGAACAUAAGUGGAUUCCAGAUACAACUACAGGUAGGCCGACUACAAGUCGUAGGAGCAUUUGUGGGCUGGAAAAGGUGGAAGAGCUCAUAAGUCACCAAAGAUGGAAUAGGAAUAUCAUCUUCAGAAAUUUUAACAGACAUGAUGCGCACAAAAUUCUAGCUAUUCCUUUGAGUCUUUCAGAGAGGGAGGAUAGCUUUUAUUGGCAACCAAAGGCGGGAGGGCAAUACACUGUCAACUCGGGCUACAAUCUCCUGAUGAAGCAAAACAGAAAAAGAAAAACGGGCAACCCUGAUGGAGCAAGUUCCAGUUAUGCAAAAGGUAGCCCUCAAGUUAUUCAAAUGUGGAACACUCUGUGGAGUCUAAAUAUUAAGCACAAGAUCAAGUUCUUCAUUUGGAAAUGCAUUCAAGGAGCUCUGCCAGUGAAGGAAGCUGUGAGGAGGAGAAUGGGCCAGGGUGAUCCUACUUGCACAACUUGUGGAACUGCACAGGAAACAGUAGAACGCCUCCUGUUGACCUGCCCUCAUGCGAUGAACAUUUGGAAGGCAGCUCCUAUUCAGUGGGAUGGGGCAAAGGAUCAACAAGGGAAUUUCAAGCGAUGGUGGCUAAGGAUUUCAGAAGCAAGGCAUAGACCAGAGGGGUUGGAACAUAUUGGUUUAACUGCUAAUAUCCUGUGGCAGGUGUGGAAAGAAAGGAAUAAGAGGGAAUUCGAGAAAUCAGAUAUAGUAACACCUUUCAAAACAAUAGCAAGAGCACACAAGGAUUGGAUGGAACAGCUGCAGGAAGAGGGCACGAAAGUUGGAAAGAGCACAGAAGAAACAGUCCCUGGACAAGAAUUGCAAGAUCAGAACUAUACAAACGAGAGAGCUGUGAUAAUGGAGAUAGAAACAACAAAGAAAAAAGGACAGCAUAAUGUAGGGAUAGGAGUCACAGUUAAGGAAUAUGCAAGAAAUAGAAUGACAGGGUGGAUGAUGAAUGAGAUCAGCCUGGGAAACAAAGUCCUAGAUGAUGCACUAGCUCUGAAACUGGCCUUGUGCAAAGCUGUGCAUCGAAACUGGAGCAAGGUUAAACUGAAGUUUUGUAACAAAGAGCUGUGGAGACAAAUCAAACGGCAGAGCCCUGCGGACAUUAAGAUGGCAACAGUACUUGAAGACAUCUCUAAGUUAAAGAGGUUGUUUUGCAUGUGUUCUUUUGACUUGUGUAGACAAGAACAUAUAUUAAUUAGUAAAAAAUUAAGUGAUGAUGCCUUAGGCGUUAUUGUUGAUGAGGAAAGACUAUUUCCUCAGUGUUCUUAG